CCAGUAAGAGGCUUCUCCAACCCGGCCUGGCAGUUCCUUCCCCUUUCCUGCAGUCGUUGCCUCCUCCUCCCCUUCCUCCUCCUCCCCUUCCUCCUCCUCUGGCCGCUUAGUCUCACACCCGCCGGGCCGUUGCUCCCGAGACGUUGUUGAGUCCCCUGUGUCCUCUUCUGGGUGGAUGAACUGCAAUGUCUGGUGGAGAACAGAAACCAGAGAGGUACUAUGUGGGUGUGGACGUUGGAACAGGCAGUGUCCGUGCAGCUCUGGUGGACCAGAGUGGGGUGCUGUUGGCUUUUGCAGACCAGCCAAUUAAGAAGUGGGAGCCCCAGUUCAACCACCAUGAGCAGUCCUCUGAGGACAUCUGGGCUGCGUGCUGUGUUGUCACAAAGAAAGUUGUACAAGGGAUUGAUUUAAACCAAAUUCGAGGACUUGGGUUUGAUGCCACGUGUUCUCUGGUUGUUUUGGAUAAGCAGUUUCGCCCAUUACCGGUCAACCAGGAAGGGGAUUCCCAUCGAAACGUCAUCAUGUGGCUGGACCAUCGAGCAGUCAGUCAAGUCAAUAGGAUCAAUGAGACCAAGCACAGUGUCCUCCAGUACGUCGGCGGGGUGAUGUCUGUGGAAAUGCAGGCCCCGAAACUUCUGUGGCUGAAAGAGAACUUGAGAGAGACUUGCUGGGAUAAGGCGGGACAUUUCUUUGAUCUCCCAGACUUCUUAUCGUGGAAGGCAACAGGUGUCACAGCACGGUCUCUCUGCUCCCUGGUGUGUAAGUGGACAUAUUCAGCAGAGAAAGGUUGGGACGACAGUUUCUGGAAAAUGAUUGGUUUGGAAGACUUUGUUGCAGAUAAUUACAGCAAAAUAGGAAACCAAGUGCUACCUCCUGGAGCUUCUCUUGGAAAUGGGCUCACACCAGAGGCCGCAAGAGACCUUGGCCUUCUCCCUGGGAUUGCGGUCGCAGCUUCACUCAUUGAUGCCCAUGCAGGAGGACUAGGAGUGAUUGGGGCAGAUGUGAGAGGGCACGGCCUCAUCUGUGAAGGGCAGCCAGUGACGUCACGGCUGGCUGUCAUCUGUGGAACGUCUUCUUGUCACAUGGGGAUCAGCAAAGACCCGAUUUUUGUACCAGGCGUCUGGGGGCCUUAUUUCUCAGCCAUGGUACCUGGGUUCUGGCUGAAUGAAGGUGGUCAGAGCGUUACUGGAAAAUUGAUAGACCACAUGGUACAAGGCCAUGCUGCUUUUCCAGAACUACAAGUAAAGGCCACAGCCAGAUGCCAGAGUAUAUAUGCAUAUUUGAACAGUCACCUGGAUCUGAUUAAGAAGGCUCAGCCUGUGGGUUUCCUUACUGUUGAUUUACAUGUUUGGCCAGAUUUCCAUGGCAACCGGUCUCCCUUAGCAGAUCUGACACUAAAGGGCAUGGUCACCGGAUUGAAACUGUCUCAGGACCUCGAUGAUCUUGCCAUUCUCUACCUGGCCACAGUUCAAGCCAUUGCUUUGGGGACUCGCUUCAUUAUAGAAGCCAUGGAGGCAGCAGGGCACUCAAUCAGUACUCUUUUCCUAUGUGGAGGCCUCAGCAAGAAUCCCCUUUUUGUGCAAAUGCAUGCGGACAUUACUGGCAUGCCUGUGGUCCUGUCGCAAGAGGUGGAGUCCGUUCUUGUGGGUGCUGCUAUUCUGGGUGCCUGUGCCUCAGGGGAUUUCGCUUCUGUACAGGAAGCAAUGGCAAAAAUGAGCAAAGUUGGGAAAGUUGUGUUCCCGAGACUACAGGAUAAAAAAUACUAUGAUAAGAAAUACCAAGUAUUCCUGAAGCUGGUUGAACACCAGAAGGAGUAUUUGGCGAUCAUGAAUGAUGACUGAACAGGGCUUGCAGGUGCUGAUGCCAGAAGCUUCUGUGCCAUUGCAUUAAAGACUUCUGUCAUUUAAUCCAUGUUCAAGACCCUUGAGGUAUUGUUUCAUCAUUUCUGUAUUGUCUUUCAAUAAAGAAAACAAACAUGUGCAGCCAGAA